AUGGGCACAACCAACAGCUUGAGGAGUGUGGGUCAUCCCGUUAGAACGUGGGGGAAGUGGGAAGAUUUACAUGGGACACGUGGCACCAUUAACCGCAGAACGAGUGCAUCACAUCAGGUGCCUAUAAAUACCCCUAAGCUGGAUACACAUCAAGGAAAACACGGAGGUCUAUCUCGCUACAAUUUCAUUGACGCCAUCUUUGGGAAACCACUAAACAAAAAAGCUAUGUCAAGGAGACGGAAUAGGAGUAAAACGCGCAUGGUUGGGAAUACGAUAGAGACAAAGUCGGAACAUGAUGACCCUCUUGUAGAGUCAAACGCAGAAAAUCGCAGCCCCACUACAGAACUCGUCGGAGGCCGUAUACGAGCAACCACCCUAGGUGGCGCAAACUGUUAUCCCGCCUGUUAUUUAGCCAGCAGUAGGAGACUUGGGGGCUAUAGGAUUUGUGGUUCCGUAGAUUCCCCGACCCAUGACAGACUUGGAAAGGAAGAUAGAGGAGAUGAUGACCCAGAAAUUCUCAUGCCGGAGAUUCCCCGACCCAUGACAGACUUGGAAAGGAAGAUAGAGGAGAUGAUGACCCAGAAGAUAGACGAUGCAUUAACCAAGAGGAAGGAUAGGCGCAGGCAAAUGGUUUUCGAGGAAGAUCCUUUUGUACAUGAUAUAAUGUCUGGUCCUUUACCGAAAGGCUUCAAACAGCCAAUAAUAGAAGCAUACGAUGGAGUCACAGAUCCACUUGACCACUUGCGGACCUUCGUUGAUUUAAUGAGGCUCUAUGUAGCCCUAGACGUAGUGAUGUGCCGAUCCUUUCCCCCGACACUCAGGAGAGAGGCUAGAGACUGGGUGGCCACCUUGGUACCCAGGUCUAUAAAGACUUUUCAUGAGCUUUCUAGGAGUUUUGUGGCAUACUUUAUGAGUAGCAAAAGGAAACGGAAGACGACCAUUAGAUUGAUGCAGGUUGUGCAAGAUAAACAUGAAUCUUUGCAGGAGUACUUGGCUAGGUUCAGCCGGGCGACACUUGGUAUAAGGGAACUUCAAAUAUCUGCAGUGGGUGACACGUACGAUGAUGCCGAGGAAGUAGAGAAUGUAACGGAAAAUCUUAUAGAGGGAUGGGAGGCAGAAAGUCACAAGUUAAAGUCAGGUGAUGAGCCAAAACUUAUUGAUAAAGGCAAGUCGAGAAAUGAGCGCAUAAGUAAGGGAUACAUUCCGGAUCGAUCCAUUCGACAGAGGCGAGAGGAGGUCAAGAAAAAGGCUAGGUUCAAUCAAAUCAUCACUUUUGGUGAGGAUGAUUUCAUAGGCCUGGUAACCCCCCAUGAUGAUGCCUUGGUGGUAGUCGACGACAUAGUGGACUACAAUGUCAAAAUAGUGUUAGUUGAUGGCGGUAGCGCAUCGAACAUUCUUACUUGGGAAGUAUUUGUGGGAUUGAAAAUUUCGUUGGAAAAUUUGAAAGCAGUAUCUACCCCCCUCUUAGGAUUCAGAGGGGCUACUGUGAUACCAGAGGGAGUCGUGGAACUGCCAGUGACAUUGGGUACUUACCCUGUAAGGGUGGUGAUCUUAAUGAACUUUUUGGUUGUCAAGACCCCCAUGACAUAUAAUGCAAUCUAUGGCCGACCCUUAUUGAAUGCUGCUGGGGCUAAUCCCUCCACUUACUACCAGGUGAUGAAAUUCUCAACAAGUCGUGGUGUGGGGUGUGUGAAGGGUGAUCAACAAUUUUCGAGGAAGUGUUAUGUUAAUAGUAUACAGAGUGAUUAUGUUGGAUCUUGA